GCAGUCAGUCUGUGCGCAAAUCUGGAAAUUAUUACCAAGUUGUUCUCUACAGCCAGUAUCUGUCGCCUGACCUCAUCAGGCCCCAAGAGCCAUGGCAAGUCACAAAGAGUUCCAGACUGCGGGGAAGGAGCCAGGCCUGCAGGUGUGGCGGGUGGAGAAAAUGGACUUGAAACCUGUUCCUAAACAGCACUAUGGAAACUUUUACAACGGAGAUGCUUACAUUCUGCUCUACACCACCCGUGGUCUUUCUUACAACAUUCACAUCUGGCUUGGUGAGGAAAGUACUGUUGAUGAGCAAGGUGGUGCGGCCGUCUUUGCCACCCAGCUGGAUAACUUCCUGGGCGGUUCCCCUGUACAGUUCCGUGAAGUCCAAGGCAAUGAGUCGCUCACUUUUUCAGGCUACUUCAAGUCUGGCAUCAAGUACAAGAAAGGUGGAGUUGCCUCAGGCUUCCAGCAUGCGGAAACCAAUGAAAUGAAUGAAAAGCGUCUGCUGCAUGUCAAGGGUCGUCGAGUCAUCAAGGCCACAGAGGUGGACUUGUCCUGGUCCAGCUUCAACAAAGGAGAUUGCUUCAUUAUUGAUCUGGGAAAGGAUAUCUACCAUUGGUGUGGCAGUGAUUGCAAUCAUUUUGAGCGCAUGAAGGCCUCUCAGGUGGCCAUUCAUAUUCGUGACAAUGAGAGAAGGGGCCGUGCUAAACUGCACAUGAUUAACGAAGGUGAAGAACCAGAUGCCGUCAUUAAUGUGCUUGGACCCAAGCCCAACAUCCCUGCAGGAGAAGAUGAUGAUGAAUCCACUGAUAGAGCAAACAAGUCAAAGGGAUCUCUCUAUCUAAUCUCUGAUGCUGCUGGCUCCAUGAAGACAACUUUAGUGGCCCAGAGUAGCCCAUUCAAACAGGAAAUGCUCUCCCCCAGUGAAUGCUACAUCCUCGAUAAUGGAGCAGACAAAAAGAUCUUUGUCUGGAAAGGACCAGAUGCAAACAAAUCCGAGCGCGAAGCCGCUUUAAAAGUUGCAGAUCAUUUCAUCAAACAGAAGAAUUAUCCAAAGAACACCCAGAUUCAAGUGAUGGCAGCAGCAGGUGAGAACACCCUGUUCAAGCAGUUCUUCUCCAACUGGAAGGACAAGUACCAGACCACAGGCCCAGGAAAGGCGUACACAAUUGGUAGCAUUGCCAAGGUGGAGCAGAUUCCCUUUGACUCCUCCAAACUCCACAACAAACCGGACAUGGCUGCCCAGCACUGCAUGGUGGACGAUGGUUCUGGGAAAGUCCAGAUCUGGCGUGUGGAAGGAGGUGACAAAACUCCUGUGGACCCAUCCAACUACGGGCAGUUCUAUGGAGGAGAUUGUUACCUGGUGCUGUACACCUACAAAUCUGGAGGCAGAGAGCAGCAUAUCAUCUACACGUGGCAAGGGCUGAAAUGCAGUAAGGAUGAAUUGGGUGCGUCAGCCUAUCUCACCGUGCAACUGGAUGACUCCAUGGGAGGAUCACCUGUUCAGGUUCGUGUCACUCAGGGCCAAGAACCCGCUCACCUUGUGAGCCUGUUUAAGGAAAAGCCUCUGGUCAUCCACUUGGGUGGGACAUCCCGUAAAGGAGGCCAGACCCAGGCUGGCAGUACAAGACUCUUCCAUAUCCGUCAGAGCUCCACCAAAGCCACACGGGCUGUCGAGGUGGAGCCCUCUGCUGCCUCUUUGAACACUAAUGAUGUGUUUGUGCUGAAGUCACCUGAUGCUAUGUUCCUGUGGAGGGGAGAAGGGGCCACUGAAGAGGAGAUGACUGCAGCUAAGCAUGUUGAAAGUCUGCUUAGAGGAAAUGCUACUCAGGUGGCUGAAUCCAAGGAGCCAGCUGGUUUCUGGUCAGCACUUGGAGGGAAGAAGGAGUACCAGACCUCCAAAAGCCUGCAAAGGAUGGUCAAGCCUCCACGGCUGUUUGGGUGUUCAAACAAGACAGGCAGGCUGAUUGCAGAGGAAGUGCCUGGGGAUUUCACACAGAUGGAUUUGGCAACUGAUGACAUCAUGAUUCUGGACACCUGGGAUCAGAUUUUCCUCUGGAUCGGCAACGAGGCCAAUGAGGCAGAGAAAAAAGGAUGUGUCAAGAUUGCUGAAGAUUAUGUGAACACUGACCCCUCUGGCCGUCGUAAUAUUCCCAUCAUCACCAUUAAGCAAGGGGCAGAGCCGCCCACCUUCACUGGCUGGUUCCACGCCUGGGACCCCAAGAUGUGGGACACCAACCCUUGGGAACGCAUGCAGGCUUGGUGUAACUAGCUUCAGUCACACACAUGCCUGCUCUCCCCUUCAUGCUGUUGCUUAGCUUUAGAGUAUAAUCAUGUGAUUAGAAACACACAAAGCAGAUGAAUCUUCAGGAUGUGCAAACACACAUUGUUUAUCGUCUGAGGUUGGACUUUUAAUCAAAGGCAUUUUCCUGUAACAUAUUGUGAGAUUAGAAUUAUAAGGCCUAUCAGAGUGGUGCACAGUUUUUAGAUGUUGACUAAUAAAAGACAUGUGAUCUGGGAAUAUGAUUAUCUACUUUGUAUCUUUUUAAAUAAUUAACUUCAAAAGGCCCUUAAAAACACCACAGAAGCAUAGCAUUUAUGAUCAUUAUAAAAGUAGAUUUGAUUUAAAAAAAUAAAAAAAAUAAAAAUAAAAACUCACUUAGAACCUUAUAAUUCCAAACUCACUAUGUAAAACAUAUCGGACCAAGGCUUUGUUGAAAUAUUUUUUGAAAGUAUUUUAUCUGGAGGUUUUUUUUUAUGUUUUGCUUUAAAAUGCAGUAAACUUGUUAAUCAAAUUUAGUGAAGAAAAUAAGGAGAAAAUGAGUAUAUGGUAACAGCACUAUACACUGUGUCUUUAAGUACAAAGUGUCCUUAUGAUAACUUAGAAAGUUUAUUUGCCGUUUCACAGAAAAUGUAUUUUGCAAAUUUGAAUUCAUAUAAUAAAGGAAACAUUUGUUGGUGACAAAGAAUGUAUGUUUUCAAGACCACAUGCUUGCUUUCAAAAGUUUUUU